UUGCGCGCGGCUCCCUGUUCAACCACUGCCACCGGUUCCUUCAGUCACUAUGGCCCAUCAGUGUGCGCUCCUCGCUCUUUGCCUCGUCGCUGCCGUGGCUCCAGCUGUCCAUGGCGACCUUACCCAGGUCCAGGUCGAGGAAUGCUCCUCUGGAUCCACGAGCAACGUUGAUGCUGUUCGCAUUAGCCACUGUUCCACGCUGCCAUGCACCGUGACGCUGGAGGACAAGCCCAAGGUUGAGAUCGACUUCCACGCUGCCCACGACUCCAAGACUCUCCGCGUGCGUGUGCUCGGUGCCAUUGGCGACAUGGCUCCUCAGCCUUUCCCGGCUUUCAAGACGGACGCCUGCAACUUCAUGGGUGUCAGCUGCCCCUUGAAGGCCGGCGAGAAGUACACGGCCAAGUUUGACCUCACCAUGUCUCCCACCUUCCCACCGGUCGCCGGAAAGGCUGUCUUCAAGGGCCAGGACGCCGCCGGUGAAUUCUUCUGCUUCAAGGUUCCCGUGGAGCUCAAGCACUGAAUGACCUAUGAAC